UAGAGGAAAAUUGUUCUAUUAAUUAUUUUUUCAUUUCAGGAACAUGGGUUGGUUACAACUUUUUGGAUUUAUGUGUACGGCAGGCAUCAGCAUCACACAAAUUGAGUCAUAUAUGUUGAAUGAUAAUCCAAAUGGCACCAUCAUAAACACAACCAAGGGUUUUACCUAUAAUACAAACUAUGACUCUAAAUAUUACAGCCCUAAUUAUAAUACAAAUUUCAAUACGAAUCGCAAUCCAAAUUAUAACUCCAACUUCAAAACAAAUUACAACCCUACCAGUAUUACAAAUUAUGGAAAUUCUGGAAAUAUAAAUUACAAUAACUCAGGAACAUACGGUGGCUACUAUUCAUAUGGAACAUUGGAUGAGUUGGAGUGUCCUGAGUAUUGGUUCCAUUUCCAGAAAUCUUGCUACCGAUUCAUCAGAUCUCCAUUAAAGUCUUACCUAGAUGCCAGAAAACUAUGUCAGGCAUAUUCGCCCGAAACCGGAGGAUCUGAUUUGGUGUCUAUAGGUAGCACAGAAGAACAUGGUUUUCUUAUCAAUCAGUUGAAUAAACUGGAUCCCCAACACAGGCGUUGGUACAUUGGAGCGCAUCAACAGUCGGCAAGCUACUAUACCAACCCUGAUGGUACUCAAUUCGUAUCUGCUGAAAACUCAAUAUUAGCAGUUGAUUUACCUUAUGGAAAAGACUACUUAGCGUACAACUUCUCAAGAACGCUUUUGAGGUGGAGUUUUGAACCCGUGAGUGGAGCUGAAUUAUUAUUGUAUAUUUGUGAAGCUAACAUUGGGGCAGUACAACGACUUGUUAGUCAAGGAAGAGAUUAUAAGUAUGGUGUGGACGUUGAAGAUCCUCAGAGAAUACCUCGCGGUCCGUACUUCAUCAAGCAGCCGACUGACGCUAUUUUUGAUACAUCGAAAAGAAAGCUAUACAAUGACAUUACAAUCAGUUGCUUAGCGAGCGGAUACCCAACACCAACAUAUAAAUGGUACAAAGAGGACUAUGAAAACGAUCGAUUAGUUGCUCAUGAAAUUGAUCCGUUACAAGACAGCCGAUAUACUGUUAGUGGAGGGACCUUCAUUAUUCACAAUCCGCAACAGAAGCUGGACCAUGCUACAUACCAUUGUAAAGCGACGAACAAGUAUGGGACCAUAAUAUCAGAAAGCGUACAAUUAAAUUUCGGGUUUAUCCUGGAAUUUGUGCUGAAACGAUCACCAGAGUCUGGUGAUUUGAACUGGGGAAAAGCUGUCUACUGCGAUCCUCCAAAUCAUUUUCCUUCAGUGAAAUACUCAUGGUCCAGGGAUUACUUUCCAAACUUCGUGGAGGAAGACGCCCGGGUAUUCGUAUCACAUGAUGGUGCAUUGUAUUUUUCGGCUCUUGAAACUAUCGACAGGGCGAAUUACAGUUGCAGUGUCAGCUCCGAAUUUUCUGAUUCUGGAAGGAAUGGUCCGUUUUUCCCGCUAAGAGUUAACCCCCACUAGAAUCCUGAUCAUUUUCAGAAAAGGGCGAGACACAUUUCUUACAAUUAAUUUGCUUUGGAUGACCUUCUUCAAAACCAAGGAGUAUUUUCCUUUUACUUCCCAUGUCACUGACGAGGAAGUAUUGAAAUCGCG